AUGAAACGGCAGCAACCAAUUGUUACUAAAACUGUUAAAAGCCAGGGGUCGCAGCGCGGUUCGAGCCCCGUGAUCCGCACGCCGCUGGGCGGGCCGGAGCGGUCGCCGUCGCCGGUGGGCGCGCGCGCCGCCUCGCCGUGCCCCUCGUGUCCCGGGCCCGGGCCGUCGCCCUCGCCGUCGCCGUCGCCGUCGCCGUCGCUGCAGCAGGUGCAGCCGCAGCCGCGCGCCGGCCGCUGCCUGUCGCCGCUGCUGCUGUCGGCGGGGCCCGGCACGCCGCCGCCGUCGCGCGAGCCGCCCGCCUCGCCGCUGGGCGCGCUGCAGCCCGACCUGUACGCGCGCCGCGACGGCCCUCUCUUCCUGGACGCGCGCACCCGCGGCCGCAGCCUCGGCCGCCUCCACCUGCGCCUGCACUACGACUUCGACAAGUCCGACCUGCACAUACACCUCAUCGAAGCACAUGACCUUGCAGGCAGUGAACAAGGUGGUUUCAGUGAUCCAUAUGUUCGGCUCAGUCUUGUGCCACCUGUAGACAACCGUAAAAGACAAACAGCCAUACACCGUCAUGAUCCAAAUCCAUUUUUUAAUCAGCAUUUCAAAUUCCCUGUAUCACACCAGGAUCUGCAGGAAAAAACACUUGUAUUGCAGGUAUUUGACUAUGACAGAUUUUCUCGGAAUGAUGUAAUAGGUGAAGUCAGGAUGUCAAUGGAAGAUCUAGAUGUGACAUCUAGUGUUGAAGUGUGGGGUGAAAUCAGCAAGCACAAAAAGCCUCCUGAAGAAUUACAAGAAGUUCUGCUGUCACUCAGUUACCUUCCAUCUGCCGAACGCCUAACUGUUGUUUUGCUGAAGGCCAGAAAUCUUUUCCUACCUCCAGAUAAGGACACUGUUGAUCCAUUUGUUAAGGUGUACUUGCUAAAUGGUGGUAAAAGAGUGAAGAAAAAGAAGACUGCAGCAAGAAAAUCAAACUGCAAUCCAGUAUGGAAUGAAGCUCUAACUUUCAAUGUGGCAUCAAGCAUUUUACCACAGACUGCCGUAGAAGUAUGUGUGAUGGACCAAGGCAAUGAUCUCAUUGGACACACUCCACUUCUGGGAUGUUGUGUAAUUGGUCCACAAGAAGAGGGUCCUGAGCAAGAUCAUUGGAGAGAUAUGACCCAGAGUCCACGAAAGGCUGUGGCAAUGUGGCACACUCUCAGAUAGAUAUAUCAAGACAGGAUAUCUACCUUCAACAUAUGAUUUCUCACUGGAUCAGCAAAUGUGUAUUUUCCCUGAGGGCUAUUGUCAUGUGGCACUCUCUCAGGUAAAUCAAUAAGCAGAUCUGUUAUUAUCAUACCAAUUCUUUUUUUUUCUCUAUUGCAAGAAACUUCAUGUACAAACAUUUUAACACACUGUAGAAUUCAUAGUAAAAGUUAGAAAACGCUGAGAUAUCUGAUAACACUUAACUGAUUUACACCAUCAGUGAUUCUAUGAUGCAAAUAUCUUGGGGCAAUAAUACAAAGGCUAGUUCCAAAGUGGGAAUUACUCGUGUAUUACUGCACUUCACAAAAAGAUAAACAUUCUUGUACAAAUAUCACCAUCUGACUUAAAUUUUAACACAUUUGGAAAAUGAGUAUCACAUCAUUGGUGUGAACAAAUGUGUUGUCUAGAGAAUAUUAUAUUCAAUGUGUGUCACAGCUGGCACAAUAUAUUCCUAAUAAAUGUAAUUAUGUAUAUAGGAAAUUAAAAAUCAAAGACCAAGGAGAGUGCAAGUCUCAAAAUGGUGUCAAAAGCAGUCACUGUAUGAAGCUAAAUUUAACUGCACAUGCCCACAUUUCAAAUUCAACUGUAAGAAUAAAAAAAAUACAUUUAUAAAUUGAAGUUCUGGGCUGUAUCUGGAAAUUUUUGGAGACUGUAAUCAUUAGCUUCCUCUCUUUCCAGCUAUUUUGGCUGUAUCUGUUAUCCUUUGGAGCAAAGGAAGUGAAAUGAAAUCUGAAAAUUAGGAAAAAUAUCUAUUAUCUUUUGGACAUGGUUUAGAAAACAAAUGAAAAUCACAUAUUUAAAUGCUGAUUCUACACAAUUUAUAGAAAAGUCACUUUCAUAAAGCCAAGGGGGUGCAACUUUGAAGUUGUAAAUAUUAUAGCCACAUUAGAUUAAACAUAAGAUAUAAGUUUUCCAUCAGUAUAAAAAACAUCAAAUUGUAAAAGAAAGUCAAAACUGUACAUUACAUAAAAAGUAACCUACUUUGACUUCUUUUUUUUAGUUUUUUCCCUUGUAUCCAAAAUUGGGGGAAGUAUUGCAAACAAAGGUGUUUUUUCCAGUAUGGUUUCUUAUUUCUGAGGACUCUUCCCUGUGAAGGGCAAUUUGGCAAACAAGUUUCAAGGGUCUGAAAUCAAAGGGAAAAUAGACUUAUAAUGCAGAUACUCACACACCUAAAUGGUUCAGUAAUUUUUGAGAACAUUUCUCAUGGAGAUUGGUUCAGUUGACUACAAACAUAAACCGUAAACUGAACAACAUCGGUGUAUAGCUUUAGGAGCCCAAUGCAGGAGGAUGUAAAAAAAACACCAGUUAUCUGUAACCAUCUUUGUUUCUACUAGCACAUGCUAUCCAAUGUUCAUAAUUUACUAUUGCUGGCAAUCUUUAAAUGAGCAUUAAAAAAUAAUAUCUUCAUUGUCUCAUGGAUAAUGCAUAAACAGAUUAUGUUUAUUGAACUACUUAUAUGAAUAUGGUGUACCAAAAAACACUUGGUCAAUCUUUUGGGAUGGGUUCCUUUAAAAAAAAUGUAGUAUAAACACCUGUCCACGAAUGAAUUAUACAUCUCACGAUAGCACAUAACCUGUGAACAAUUAUCAGUUGACAGUAAUAACUGGCAGUGUCUUCAGCUGAUAAAAGUGCAUCAAAAAUUUUCAAAAUGGCUUUCCCUGGCUUCUAUAUAUUGUGAACCAAACAGAUGUUGGAACAUAGCACCAUUUCAAAAAGCCUCAUUUAUUUUUAUUUUCAUAUGUACUGAUAAAUAAUAUUUGCAUUUGGAAUGUAUCUUGAAAAAAUGUUUCUUUUAAGCGUCAUCACAGACAAAAGUAAAAAACAUUAAAAUCAAGCUGGACCUCCCUUCUAUAUAGUACAUAAUAGUGAGUACAUCGUAGAUAAUAUGCAGGAGGCACAUUAUGCAUAAUCAAGUAUAACAAAUAUCCAUUGUAUCACAAGAACAUUUGUGAAUUGUUGCAGUGGUUAGCACACUGGACUCACAUUCAGGAUUAUGACGGUUCAAACUCGCAUCCAGGUAUCCUGAUUUAAGUUUCCCAAGAUUUCCUUUGAAAGGGCUCAACUGAUUUCCUUCCUCAUCCUUACCUAGUCUGAUGGAAGUGAUGACAUUUCUGUUUGGUACUCAUCCCCCCCCCCCCCC